GAGUCUACAAAAUCGACCUUAGCUAAGGGGGUGUCACAGUCACACAUCAUUUUAACUAUUAUACCUGGUAGGACAGAGAACGGGGAAGAAGGGAAGAGCUUUAAAUAAUGCUAAAAUGUUCCUUUCUUAGCCCUUUCUCUUCUUCCAUUGUCUUAAGCUUGGAAGUUGAAAGGCUUGUUCAUUGCUAGAACCCUUGCUGUUUUUGAUUUCUUGAAAGGUAAAGCAAGCAAAUAAGGGCUCAAUGAACAACAACUGGCUUUCUUUCCCUCUUUCUCCCACUCAUUCUUCCUUACCAUCCUCCCAUGAUCUUCAAGCAACUCAGUACCACCAAUUUUCCCUUGGGCUGGUGAACGAAAGCAUGGAAAACCCUUUCCAAAAUCAUGAUUGGAAUCUGAUUAACACUCAUAGCAGCAACGAGGUUCCAAAAGUGGCUGAUUUUCUUGGAGUGAGCAAGUCUGAAAAUCAGUCAGAGCUUGCUGCUUUAAACGAAAUUCAGUCAAAUGAUUCAGAUUAUCUGUUCACAAACAACAGUCUGGUGCCUUUGCAAAACCCCGUGGUGGACACACCAAGCAAUGAGUAUCAAGAAAAUGCUAACAGUAACUUGCAAUCGUUGACAUUAUCCAUGGGAAGUGGUAAGGAUUCUACAUGUGAAACCAGUGGUGAAAAUAGUACAAACACUGUUGAAGCUGCACCUAGAAGAACUUUGGAUACUUUCGGUCAGAGAACAUCCAUAUAUCGUGGAGUAACGCGACAUAGAUGGACUGGAAGGUAUGAAGCUCACCUUUGGGAUAAUAGCUGUAGAAGGGAAGGACAAUCAAGAAAAGGACGCCAAGUUUAUUUGGGUGGAUAUGAUAAAGAAGAGAAAGCAGCUAGGGCUUAUGAUUUAGCAGCACUGAAGUACUGGGGAACAUCCACCACUACCAACUUUCCAAUUAGCAACUACGAGAAGGAAUUGGAUGAAAUGAAACACAUGACCAGACAAGAAUUUGUUGCCGCUAUAAGAAGGAAAAGUAGCGGUUUCUCUAGAGGUGCAUCAAUGUAUCGCGGAGUUACAAGGCAUCACCAACACGGAAGAUGGCAAGCAAGGAUUGGUAGAGUUGCAGGAAACAAAGAUCUUUACUUGGGAACUUUCAGUACUGAGGAAGAGGCUGCAGAAGCUUACGACAUAGCAGCGAUAAAGUUCAGAGGUCUCAACGCUGUUACAAACUUUGACAUGAGCCGUUAUGACGUGAAAGCUAUUCUCGAAAGCAACACUCUCCCGAUAGGAGGAGGCGCUGCAAAACGUCUGAAAGAAGCUCAAGCUCUAGAAUCUUCUAGAAAACGUGAAGAGAUGAUUGCACUAGGCUCAUCCACCUUCCAAUAUGGAACCUCAAGCUCUUCCAGGCUACACGCUUACCCUCUAAUGCAGCACCACCAGUUCGAGCAACCUCAACCUCUGCUAACCUUGCAAAACCAUGACAUGAGUUCUCACUUCUCUCACCAAGACCCUUUACACCAGGGUUACAUCCAAACGCAGCUUCAGUUGCACCAGCAGAGUGGUGUUUCUUCUUACCUCCAGAAUAAUCCUCAGUUCUACGGUGGCUACCUUCAGAACCAUCCUGCAUUGCUUCAGGGAAUGAUGAACAUGGGGUCUUCUUCUUCUUCAUCUGUGUUGGAGAAUAAUAACAACAAUAAUAGCAAUGUUGGUGGGUUUGCAGCAGGGAGUGGGUUUGGUAUGGCUUCGAAUCCAUCGUCGGGUAACGCAGUGGGCGCGGCGGAGGAACUUGGCUUGGUGAAGGUUGACUAUGACAUGCCAGCCGGAGGUUACGGCGGUUGGUCGGCGGCGGCGGCGGAAUCCAUGCAGACGUCAAAUGGUGGAGUGUUCACAAUGUGGAAUGAGUGAGGGAAGGGAAGAUAGUUCCAAGUGUAUGGGGGACACGACAACGUACGAGUCGCCAUACAAUUUUGUUAUGCUUUUUUUUAAUUUUUUUUUUUACUUUCGUUUUUAUUAUUCUCGCAAUUGGAAAAGAAAAAUAGGUGCUUAUUUUCUGAGACAUUUGACCACUAAGGAAGUGAGCAAAGACCAAAUAUAUCUAUUAUUCAUGUCUUUUAUUAUGCCCAAUGUUUGUGAGAAUUUUGCUUAGGGUAAAUUACUCUAAGUACCCACUAAUCUUCUAUUCGCUUAG